CUUCUUUACAAUACAUCACCUUCAAUUAUACAUUCCAAGGUCGCCAUUCGUCGCCAUAGUCACGGACAAAGCUACAAUAUGGCCCCAAUCGCCCCCUCUAAACGCCGCUCUCUCCGCGCCAAAAUCGCCGCCAAAUCCAAUUCCGAGCCAUACGCACCACGACGAGCUCCACGCCCCGACGCCAUCGACACAAGCGAUUCCUUCAUAAACUCAAAACGAGAUAAACGUAUCAUAAAACACGCAUCCUUCGUCUCGCGCAUCGAAAAGGCAGGCACAUCAUCCAAAAAGCGCAAGCGUACUCGACGGCCUGGUAACAAACUCGUAGCGAAUCUAGAUUCACUAGCUGAUGCGCUGCCGGAUUUAUUGGAGAACGGCGAGACGGAGGAGGGGUUGAGACAGUUAAGAGAGGGAAAGGUUAGGCAUAAGAGUUUGAGGAGUAAGAAGGGUGCGUUGAAGAGGAAGGAGAUGGUUGUUAAAGGGGAGGUGGAGAGGUUUGGGGUUAGUUUGGCUAGGUUGAAUGCUGUGCCCGAGCAGAAUAUGGAUGUUAAGGUUGAGAAGGAGGGUGAGGGAGAGAAACAACGGCAAACGGAGGCUCAGGCUCAAGCUCCGGCGUCGACUGCGAAUCGCUGGGCUGCGCUACGAGGAUUUAUUUCUGCGACGAUGGAGCAGAAUCCGGCGUUUGUUGAGAAGAAGGAUGGGAAAUGAAGAGGCACCUAGCGAAAGAAAGGGGAAAAAAAAAGACCUAUACACAGCGGCCUAGGACGAAGCGUUGCGCCGUCACGAGCAUUGGGGAAUCCCACAUCCACUCUUGUCGCAUACUCAUACCACCAGAGCGAAAUCCACGGCGCCGAUGGCAGGGCUUCAAGGCCUAUAUCUGAUUGAUAUCCUACCAAUUUAAAAUCUAACCCCAGAGCGAAGGAUAGGUAUUCGCUUUUGUGGUGCGCUUUUGGGGUGCUACGAGUCGAUUGAGCUCGUUAGCUAGAUUCUCCAGGCGAGCAAGGGUUUAGCCGCAGAAAAUCUAUAAGUCCAUCUGUUAGGACGGGAUAUUUCUAGCCACCUAUUCUAGAACCCAUAGUAGAACGAAA